AUGGUGGAUUUCCAAUCCCUCAAAAACCCAAGGAAGGUCACUUUUUUCAAUGGCACUCCGGAGCUUGAAUAUGAAGAAGAUGAGUUCGACGAUUUGAUCGCUCCACACAAGAUGAAUCUGGUUGGCAAAUUCUCGUAUGGUCGACCAAAAAUGGAGAUCUUGAGGGAAGACUUUAAGAAAAUUGGAUUCAAAGGCGGCUAUGACCUUGGUCUUAUGAAUCCGAGACAUGUGUUAAUUCGGUUCGAAUUGGAGGAGGACUAUCAACGAUGUUGGAUCACAUCUGUAUGGAAUAUUGGCGAAUUUCAAAUGCGCAUUUUGAAAUGGCAACCGGGGUUUAAGUUCAAGGAAGAUUCUCCGAUCGUCCCAAUUUGGGUUUCGCUUCAUGAGCUGCCUUUGGAAUGGACACACCCUACGGUGCUCUACUCCAUUGCCUCCACUGUUGGGAAACCCUUGCAAGUGGAUACACCAACCCUUAAUUUGACAAGGCCUUCCAUAUCGCGUUUCUGCGUGGAGGUUGAUCUAAUGAAGGAUUCGCCAAAAUCAAUCAAGAUUGGGAAAAAAGGCAAGAAGUACGAGCAGCAUUAUACCUAUGAACAUGUUCCGUCUUAUUGUCCAGCGUGCUGCAAAAUUGGACAUAAAGAAGUGGCCUGUAGGAAAGGAAAAGGAGUGAUCAAAGAGGGUCUGAAAACGGCAGAACGCGUUGCUGCAGAGAAAAUUUCGACUGGGGCUAAGGGUGGCUUGCGUUUGCAGCAGAAAAAAGUUACUUGGAGUUCCAAAAAAAAAGGUAAAAAGGACGAUUUACAGGUCACCAUCAUUCAAGAAAACCCUCUUAUGGUUAAGGGCGUAGAAAAAUCGCAGCCUACAGAAAAUUUGAUGCUGGCAGAAACUCAUGCCGGUGAACCUCUGGAUUCUGGUUGUCAAAAGGUGGGAGAUGUUGAUUGUGUACAAAAGAAAGUCAUCGCACAAGGGAAUGAUGGCUCUUUUGAUCCUGAGACACGAGAGGAAGAAGUUUCAAAGAAGAAUGUCAUUGCGCAAGGGGAUGAUGGGUUCUCUUUGCAAUCAAACCUCCUCGAUCAGGAUUCAGUAGCAGAUGCAAAUCAGUUGAAUAUUAAAGCUCCAUUAAUUCAAUCUAAUAAGUUCGCGACGCUUGAAUUGGAUGGAGACGCGGCUAAAACUUUGGAUAAUGAAGAGGAUGAAGUAGAAGAAGCGAUUGCGCAUACAGAAGAAACGCAAGAUGCUCAGGUGGUUCAUGAUGAUCAAACGAAGACCAAUAACCAGGAUGAAGGUUUCGCAAAGCUUGCUUACCCGGAUGAUUCCUUGGUAAUGGAUUUGAAUGAAACGGAUGAUGAUGAUAUUGCGCAAGGGGAGUGUUGGUCUGAAGGCGAUAAGGAGGAGGCUGUUUUGGGUGGAAAAGCGCAAGGGGUUUUUUCUACCAAGAAGAAAAGAGGCCGCAAAUCGAAGGAGGAGCGAGCUAGGCUGCUGGAUGGCCAAGAGCUUCGGCGAUCAAACCGGUUACAAUAA